AUGAGAGGAUUUCUUCACAAUGAUUAGAAAUGCUAAAUUUUCGCGGCAAAUUCAAAAGUUUUCCUUUAUCCAGAAAAAUUUAUCCGAUUCUAAAACGCCUUUGUUUUCAUCAAAAAUCCCCACAAAACCUAGCAAUUCCAUCAACUGGGGAUUCAAUCAAUACCAAAAGUCCCCAAAUGAAACGAUUUCAUCUCGAGAUGUCUACUUACGAACAAAAAUGAUAUCUUCCUGCGUGAACGACUUCAAAUUGGACGAAGCCCUCAACCUGUUCGAUGAAACGCCGCAAAGAGACUUAAUCAUGUGGAAUCUGAUGAUCAAAGGCUGCAUCAGCUGUGGAAGCCUCGAUAUGGCCCUGAAGUUGUUCGCUGAAAUGCCUGAGAGGAACGUUGUAUCUUGGACAACGAUGAUCAGCGCGUUUCUCAAGAACGGGAUGGUCGAGCAGGCGAGAGGACUGUUCCAGGAGAUGCCGGAGAGGGACACGGCUGCGUGGAACGCAAUGAUCCAUGGGUUGUUUGUGAAUGGGAGAGCAGAGGAGGCGAGUUCAAUGUUUGAGUUAAUGCCGGAUAGGAAUGUGAUCUCGUGGACUACGAUGAUCAGCGGACUCGAUCAGAUGGGCAGGAAUGAGGAGGCGCUCUCAAUGUUCGUGAAGAUGGUAGGGAUCGGAGUGAAACUGACUUCAAGCACUUUAUGCUCUGUUUUAUCAAGCUGUGCUAAAACUGGGGAGCUCUGUUUAGGGAUUCAACUCCAUGGCCAAAUUGCAAAGCUUGGAUAUGCUUUUGAUACAUAUAUUGUAGCAUCAUUGAUCACAUUUUACGCCAAUUGCAAGAGAAUUGAAGAAUUUGUCAAGAUUUACAAUGAGAAAUUGUUCAAGAAUGUGGUGGUGUGGACCUCUGUUUUGACAGGGUACGGUGCCAACGAUGAACAUGAAUCCGCAUUGGAGGUUUUUCUAAAAAUGAUCCGAUUAGGCGUACUUCCUAAUCAAUCAACCUUCACCAGCACCUUAAAUUCAAGCAAUGAGAUUGAAACUCUUGAUUUUGGGAGAGGGAUUCAUGGCGCGGCCGUUAAGCUAGGGUUUGAAACAGACGUGUUCGUGGGGAACGCCCUUGUGGUGCUGUACACCAAAUGUGGGAGCAUACACGAUGGCAUCCGCUCAUUCAAAGCUAUAGAAAAAAAGAAUGUGGUUUCUUGGAACACGGUGAUAGUUGGAUGCGCACAACACGGGUGUGGGGAGUGGGCAGUCACGUUUCUGGGGCAGAUGGUGAAGGCAGGGGUGAGGCCGGAUGGGAUCACCUUCACCGGGUUGCUUAGCGCGUGCAGCCACUCAGGGUUGUGGAGGAAGGGGAGGGGGUUGUUCGAGGGGCUGAGGAGGGGGAGCGGGGUUGAGGUGAAGCUCGAGCACUACGCAUGUAUGGUGGAUAUAUUGUGUAGGAGUGGGGAGGUGGCGGAGGCGGAGGAGUUGGUGGAGGGGAUGCCUGUAGAGGCGAAUGUGUCAAUAUGGGUGGCGUUGUUGAGUGGGUGCAGAGGAGGGGAGGUGGAGGUGGCAGAGCGUGUGGCGGAGAGGAUUUUGAGGUUGGAUCCCGGGUGCACAGCGGGAUACGUGCUUCUGUCGAAUAUUUACGCAGGUUGUGGGAGGUGGGAGGACGUUGCGAGGAUGAGGACGAGGAUGAAGGCGGCCGGAGCAGUCAAAGAAACUGCUGGGAGUACGUAUUUAAACUAAAAGGGGAUUCUUUUUAGAGAAUUAAAGUAAAUACUAGUAGUAGCAAGGCUGAUCGCCACGGAAAACUCCCCAGAGGUAGAGGCUGCCUUGGAAUCUGGUGAAGAGCGGCGGAAGUGAAGAGCAGCAGCUCCGUCGGUCAGCGCCGCAUCCUUGUGAAUCAGAUCAAACAUGAGGGAGUCGUAGACCAGGAAAUGCCCCGCCCACGCCGCGCGAAUCAGAGGUUGUGCGUGUUGCUCAAUUGGGUGGUGAUUAGGGUGGCGGAGGCGCGUUUUCGUGCUUGAUUUUUGUUGGAACUCUCCUCAUCGGAAAAGUAUGAUGUUCUUUUCAAUUGGCACUCAGAAUCAGAAGAAUUCUCCAUUGUUUAAUUUCCUCUAAGAAUUUUGAAUAUAGAAGAAGAUAACCUAGUUUUGACUCGACUUUCAAAGGAAAGUGAUGUCCUUGGAAUAUGUCUACCGUCUACGUGUUUAAUUAAGGCAACGGUAACCAGGAUUUCAUUUCGAUAAUCAAGAGCACCUUCUUUUCUUCUUUUUUUUAA